GAAUGUUAGUUAAAGAGACCGGUACUCACACUAUGUAAGCCAUGCCUCUUCCCAUACAAGGCAAGCCCACAUUGGAGGAAGAACCGCCCAGGGCAUGAGCUUUAAAAAGCCUUGCUCAGGCAAUAAAACACAUACUAUCCUUUUCGCAAGCAGUAAAGUAUGCUGGAGAUGGGUGGGAGGCUAUGGACCAUCCAGUUGUUAGUUCAGACUCUUUGUUUGACAUCAGUUGCUGCCUUCUCCAAUGGAAAAGUGACUGAAGCCUGUGGGAGUAUGAUGCCAAAACACGGCCAUGCCCCCAAUACCACCCACGCUCCCUACACUCUGGCUGUCAAUGUCACUGAAUUCAGUUCUGGAGAUUGCAUCCAAGUUACCAUAUCUGGAACAACAUACUUCGAGGGAUUCCUGCUCGAGGCUCGGAAUGCAUCCAAUCCGGACUCUGACGCUGUCGGCUCCUUCAUCCUGACCAAUCCUAAAACCACACAACUGUUGCAAUGUGGCCACACUCCGGAUUCAGCUGUCAGUCACACAAGUGAUGCCAGACAGACACAAAUCGUGGUAAUCUGGAAAGCUCCCCAAAACUCACCCGCCGCUGUCAAAUUUCUUGUGACCGUAGUGGCUCAUUACAAGACUUUCUGGGUGAAAAUCCCCGGUCCUGUUGUGUCUCAGAGUGGGGUAACUCCCAUCCCACCUAAACCCACCACACCUUCCACUACCAUAAAGACGUCAACUCCCUCUGUGUUGCCCAGACCAUUCAGCUCAGUGGGCUGUGGCCAACAGAAGUCCUGCCUGUUGGACCCAGUGGGAUGUGACCCGGAAAAAGAUCCAUCGUGCUUCUUCCUGUCGUUCGCCCCCAAGGGUCAGACUGUGGUGUUUGAGCUCAGUGGGCCCUCAGAUGGCUACAUUGCCUUUGCCCUCUCCCAUGACACAUGGAUGGGGGAUGAUGACAUGUACCUAUGUGUGAGGGAUGACAGCUUGGUGGAUGUGAGCGCAGCUUAUGUCAAAGGAAGGUCCUACCCACAGGAGGCCUCUGAGAAUGUUCUUACAGAUGUGGCCUGGAGAUUGGCGGAUGGAGUCAUUCAGUGUCAGUUUCGUCGACAAGUUCUUGUCCCACAGGACCCGACCCGGUUUAGUCUGGACGCACAGUACUACCUGUUCAUGGCAUACGGUGAAGCUGAAAACGGCGAGGUGCACAGGCAUGACCGCCAACCCCUCAUAUCCUCACAGCAGUCGGUCAUCAACGGCCCAGCAGAGAUUCUCAAUGGCUCUCGAUCACCACUUCUCAUGAAAUUUCACAGCGUUCUGAUGUUAAUUGCCUGGAUGUUGGCUGGAAGCACGGGUACUUUCCUAGCCAGCUACUUCAAGCCUGAUUGGCCAGAGAGAACACUGUUUGGUCAGAGAAUUUGGUUCCAGGUGCAUCGAGGGUUGAUGAUAUUAACAGUGCUGCUUACCUGUGUGGCCUUCACUCUUCCCUUCAUCUACAGAGGAGGUUGGAGUAAGCAUGCUGGGGCCCAUCCCUACCUGGGAUGUACUGUACUAGCCCUGGCUCUCCUUCAGCCUAUCAUGGCCACUCUCAGACCUCCCCCUGACUCCUCCAGGAGGUGGGUGUUUAAUUGGCUGCAUUGGGGAGCUGGCACUGUUGCUGAGAUUAUGGCUGUGGCGGCCAUGUUUUUGGGGAUGGGCCAGCAAUCUGUGCUCCUGCCUCACUCCUGGCGCCUGGUGGUUCUGGCUGGGUUCCUGGCAUGGGUCGUUCUCUUGAGGGUGCUUCUUGGGCUCCAUAAAAAAGGCUACAUUAAAACACGAUUUUGUGACUUUGUUUCCAAAGCGAGUGACACUGAUCAGCAACGGAUUCUUGCUGACGACUCAGAGGACAGCACUUGGGAUGCAUGGUUCAAAAUUGUUGCCCUUCUUGCCUUUGUUAUUGGGAAUAGUGGGUUCCUGAUCAGCUUCAUUCACACCAUCAGUGGAUUGUGAUGAAUCUGUGAGAAGGGCCAUUCCAUGGUACAUGACAACUCACUGUCUGGUGGAGAAAGAUGGAGGAUCCUGAUUCUUAUUCAGAUCCAGGCCACAGGCAGAUCAAAGCACUGAACCAGAUCUAAAGCUAUAAAUGGAAUGAUAGGAUAUAUAUUAAAAAAAAAUACUGGAUAGAUUAUCCAUUUCACACGCACAUCAAGUAUUUCUGCACUACUGAUUUUGCACGAAUGUUCUUUAUUCCAACUUCUCAGGAAAUGCAGUUGUACACUCAGCAGCCAGUUUAUUAGGUAUACCGUCCUGUUCACAAAAAUAGAUUGCUCCUUCAGACAGUCACGUGGCUUAGUGUAUAUACUGUAAAGCAAGCAGACAGGCAUCGAGCACAGGAGGCUGCUGAGGGGAGGACGGCUCGUAAUAAUGGCCUGAACCGAGCGACUGGAAUGGUAUCAAACGCAUGGAAGCAAUGUUUGACGUAUUUGAUACCGUUCCACUAAUGCCUCCAGCCAUUACCACGAACCUGUCCUCCCCAAUUAAGGUCCCACCAACCUCCUGUGGCAUCGAGGCAUUCAGUUACUGUUCGACUGAACAUCCGAAUAGGCGAAACGAGUGACCUAAGCGACUUUGAGCGUGAUAUGAUUGUCAGUGCCCGGCGCACUGGUACCAGUAUCUCAGAAAUGGCUGUACACACACGUGUCUAGGGUUUGCUGCGAUGGGGGCGACAAACAAACAUCCAGUCAGUGGCAGUCCUGUAGGCGGAAACAGCUCGUUGAUGUAAGGUCUAAGAAUUGCAAGAAUUGUGCAAGCUAACAGGUGGGCCACAAACAAUGGCGCAGUACAACAGUGGUGUGAAGAACGGAAUCUCGGAACGCAAAACUCUGCUAUCCUUGUCACGGCUGGGCUAUUGCAGCAGACCACCGCUCCUUUCAGCUAUAAACAACUCUUCAUUGAGCACGUGAUCACCAACACUGGACAAUUGACGAGUGGACAAAAAUAUUGCCUGGUCUGAAGAAUCCCGGUUCCUGUUGUGUCAUGCUAAUGGCAGACAGGAUUUGGCAUAAGUAGCAGAGUCCAUGGACCCAUCCUGCCUAGUGUCAUCGGUACAGGCUGGUGUGGGAAAUGUUUUUCCUGCCAUGUGUUAGGUCCCUUGAUACGCUGUGGCAGUUGUUGCUCAAUUGGUAUCUGAACAUUGUUCCUGACCAAACUCAAUAGAGCAUCUUUGGGAUGAGAUGGCACGGUCUGUUCGCAGCAUUAAUGUACCGCCAUCCAAUCUACAUUAACUCUGAUGCCUUCAUGUCCGCAUGGACCAAAAUCCCUGUGGAACGUUUGACACCUUGUAGAAUUCAGGCGUUCUGGAUGCAAAGGGGGUUCUGACUCGGUACUAGAUGGGUGUACCUAAACUGUCCUGAGUGUGUAAUGCAUUUCAAUAUCUCGAUACAGCCUUGUCCCAUGAGUUCAUGUUUAUUACAUUACAUUUUACAUCUGAAGUGUUGCUGAAUAUAUAUAUAUAUAUGGGAGAAUUUAUUCCCACAAUGUUAAUGAAUAAUUACAUUCACUUUGAAUUAUGUUUCUGGAACAAAUGAUCCUGUAGUAUAAUAUUGUUAAAUAAAUAACUUUCCAAAUGUAA